AUGGUAUGUUAGAAUACCAUGUGCUUCGAUGAUAGAGAGAGCAGAUGAUCUAACUCUUCCAUCCUCUGACAGCUCGAAUUCUUCUGUCACCUCAUCGGACCAGCCUUUGCAUGUCUACGCCCCAGGGCCUGGUUCUGACUUGAAUCUUGACCUUUCUUUCCCAUCCCUUAUUACCAUGAUUACAUUUGAAACACUCCAGGUAGCUCAUGAUAUUUCUGACCUGGAAAUACCUUCUGAGUUAGAAUUUACUCUCCCAAAUCCCCCGCCCCUAGAGAGGUCUAUUCUCUCUCCCGUCAUAGUGCGAUCGCUUCUCGGACGAUACAGUCGCUACGUGCACUCUCAAUAUCCUAUUCUGGAGCCCGAUACUCUCAGUAAUGAUGGUGCAAAUUUCAAGAAACUAGCCAACAACCAGAAGGUCAGGAUUCUUAUGGCCUGUGCCAUUGCUGCGGCACGCGAAGCUUGCCGGGCGCCAAUCUAG